CUUAAGCAGGGGAGCCUCUCACCUCGCAUCAACCACCACGAGCCUCGCCCCACAUACCAGGUGUCGUCUCGCGCGCUGAGAGUCUCACGUACCAGGGGUCGUCUCACGUACCAGCUGUCUCACGCGCCACGUUAGGUGUCUCGCACUCCAAGUGUCAGGUGAGCACAUCAGGAUGGCGCAUAAGGCCGACGCUUACCCUCCGCACCAUCAUCAUGACCAUCAGCAGCAUCAGCAUCAGCAGCAGCAUUACCCGGUGGUGAUGCAGCAGCCCAUGCUGCAGACGGUUCAGGUGCAGAAGACCAACUGGUCCUCGGGGAUGUGCGACUGCUGCAACGACAUGGGAAUCUGUUGCUGCGGAUUAUUCUUCCCGGUGUGCCUGGCGUGCAAAGUCUCCUCGGAUUUCGGCGAGUGCUGCUGCACCCCGGUGCUGGCCGGUGGAGACCUGGCGAUUCGCACCGGCAUACGCGAGCGCUAUCGCAUCCAGGGCUCGAUCUGCGACGACUGCGUGUGCCUCUACUUCUGUUAUCAGUGCACCAUUUGUCAGAUGGCACGCGAGAUCAAGCAUCGUCAGGUGCAGGUGGCCAACGUGCAGGUGGUCAUGCAGCAGCCCAUCGUGGGCUACAUGGGCUGAACUAGAUCGGUCGUCCGUCCGAGGACCAACUCUUAGGCUCUCCCCACCAACACCCCCGCCCCCCCCCCCCCGUGUUACACAGCAAAGAGAUCCAACAAGGAUAUCUCACCUCCGAUUAGCACGGUUGACGACGUACGGUGCAAAAUAAGUUCAAAGCACACACACACGUGCUCUGAUCGUUUAAUCAUCACACCACCUGGCAUGUCACGUCUUGGAGUGACGCCCAUAGGUCUGGGUGUGACUCUAAUGCCCGGUCUCGGUAACCUUCCGUCUUCCACCUUGCGCUCGUUGUUGCCCACCCAUCACACGCGGACCUCCUCUACCUGAUUACGUCUGCAGUUGUUUUACUUGGAUUUUCCUUGAUCUCUUCUGAACUCACAAGUCGUUACACUAUUCUUCGCACGAUUACUUUCCGUGGAACUAAUUUACAUUUAUGACAUGCUUUUGAUUGCUCUUAUUUUCGAAGUUUGCAAAGAUUAUCGCAGGAUUUGCUGCUGCUGUAGCCUGUAAAAAAAUAACAAAUUUUUAUCACGUGAUUAAUUUAAAAUAUAUAUUCAGUUGUUUAACCUCAGUUACAUAAGGUCAGUGCCGUUUAUGCAGGAGUUGCUUAUCUGCAGUCUCUCUGCCCUGCCUAAAGGCGGCUCGCCACACCUCGGCAAUCAAUCGCAUUCAACUCCGCUGCAACCAGUUGCGAGCGUUUGCACACCCUCUUUGUUACACUCGAGUAAGUGCUUCGUCGCCGGUAUUGUCGGGGCAAAGGUCCUCAGUGGGUUGUGCCGCGGUAUAUAUAUUUAGAUAUGAAUUAUAGGAAUGGAAAGAACCGUCAAUGUUAGUGAGCUGGGACAGACGAACUCUAUCCUGCUGUGCCGUUCAGUGGCCGAUCCAACCCCCCGACCCUCCCCUCUCCAUUGGUUGCGCUGCAACAGGAUACAGUAGUCACUCGGUUAACAGUGACAUCAUCGGUUAACGUUUCGCCUCCCAUCAGAGCCCCCACGGUGUCGACUCAACGUUACAAACGUUGACGUAACGGUACCGUGUUUACGUUACGCACCUGGGGGCGCCAAUUCCGGCCAAUCCGAGUGCUUAUAAGUGGAGGCUGAGUCACACCAUCACUCAAUCAGCGACGCACCAUUCAUGAGACGUUUAGACCUCGACUGGCUUUUAAGUUUACAUUAAGGUCAACUUCCAAUCGUCUUAGAAUGGAUGAAUGAUGUUAAACGUGUAAUUGCUAUAUUCGAUUAACCGUUAUUUAAAACGGAUACAAAACGUUAACCGAGGGACCACUGUUUAAUGAAUCCGCGACAGAAUGAAUGAACAUUAAGUUAACACAUUUUUGAGGCCCACAUAUGGAGUUAUUGGGCGUGAAUUUGCCCAUGUAAGUGUAGUGUUGUAAUUAUUGACGAAUAAACUUCUUUAUGAUGCA